AUGUCGUCGAACGCCACGACGUCCUCCUCGUCCUCGUCCUCGUCCUCCGACGGCGAGCGGGGCGCCGACGACUCCAUCUCCUUCUCCGUCUUCGUCGCGGCGCUCCUCUUCGUCUUCCUGCUCCUCGUCUUCGACGCGAUCCGCGCGCGGCUCUGGUGGGUCUACGAGCCGCGGCUGCACCACGCGGCGUACAAGCGGCGGACGCCCGCGCCGCCCGGUCGCGGCCGGUUCCGGUGGGCCGCGAGCGUCAUGCGGCUCUGGAGCGACGAGGACUUUCUAGUCUACGGCGGCGUCGACGGCCUGGUCAUCAUCUACUUCCUGCGCUUCGCCUUCGACCAGUGCCUCUUCGCGUCCGUCGUCGGCCUCGUCGUGUUGGUGCCGGCGUACCACUCGGGCCGCGGCCUCUACAGCCGGCUCUACGACGACGACGGCGCGGAGAAGAAGUGGUCCUUCUCUCUUACUACCGUCCAGAACAUCCGCUGCCGCUUCGACGAGCGCGACACGCUCGGCGAGAACCCGCUGUUUCCGACGUGCGAGAACGGCGAGAGCGCGGUGAGGUUCGCGCUCGUCGUCGCGUGCGCGUGGCUCUUCACGCUGCGCGCCCUGUCCCAGCUCAGCGCCAACUACCAGAAGUUCGUGCACCUGCGCCACUGGUAUUUAAGCGUCGGGCUGUCGAGCCGCGCGCCGGACGUGGAAGCGCAGCGCGCUUUGACCGUCAAGCUCGAGAACGUGCCGCGGGGCCUGCGGACGACGCGGCGGCUCGCGGCGAAAUUUGAAACGCUCUGCGGCGCCGGCGCCGUCCACUCCGCGUCGGUCAUGAUCGACGGGCUGCGCGACCUGGACCGGCUCUGCGCGCGCCGCGACGCCCUGUGCGACGCCGCGCGCGACGCCUUGGAGGACGCGCUGUCCAAGCGGGCCAAGCACGCGCACGACCUCGUGUCGCGGCGCCAGCGGUCCGGGUCCGCGGACUCCUCGAGCACGCGGGGCCGCGCCGCGUCGGACGCGACGCCGCCGCCGCCGCCGGCCGCGACGCCGCCGCCGAAGACGGUCCGCGUGAGGCCGCGGCCGUCGGCCUUCGGCUGGGUCGGCGAGACGCUCAAGUCGGCGACGCCCGGCCGGCGCCGGCGGCCGCCGUCGCCGCCGGCCGUCGCGCCCUGGUUCGAGCAGUUCGACGAGACCGCGGAGUGGGCCGUCGUCGACGUGUCUUCGUCGAAGAAGACGCCCGCGGACCGCGUCUACGCGUCCGCGGGCGGCGCCACGGCGAGCCACCAGCGCCGCUGGCGGUCCGACACGAUCGCGAGCGUCGACGCGGGCGCGCGGCGGUCGCUGAGCCGCGAGCCCCCCGUGCCCCUGGUCGCGCGGCGGAGCCCGGGGCCCCUCGCGCCCGCGAUCCCGGAGGCGACGUCGGACGAGGAGCGCGAGGACGUCGUGCUCCGCCACGUGCCCUGCGGCGCCUGCGGCGACCUGGGCUGCCUCGGCGGCCUCUUCGGGUCCUGCGGCGGCCGCUUCGACGGAAAAUUUGUGGCGUCGAUCCCCUACUACGAGCAGCUCGUCGCGGAGCUGAACCAGGCCAUCCUCCGGGAGCACUUCGCGCGCGUCGCCUUCGCCGAGCUGCCGAAGACGCCGUCGAAGCUGCUCCUCGCCGGCGACGCCACGGAUUCGCGGCGCACGCGCGGCUGGCGCGGCUGCUUCUGGCGCGUCGACGACGACAGCUCGGGCGACGACGACGACGACCGCGACCGCGACGUCGAGACGCCCCGAACGGGGGGCGUCGACCUCGCGCCGUCCUUCGGCGACACGCCGGACUCGGACUCGCUAUUCGAGAACUCGCCGUCCGACCGGUCGCGGCGCGCGUGGGAGCGGACGCGGCGCACGGAGGUGCGCCACGACGAGCGCGUGCUCGACGGCGAGGCGCACUGGGUCACGCUCCUGGGGAGCCUGCCGUUCGCGGAGUCGCGGCCCCUGCUCCUCGCGCGGUCCCGGGCCUACGCGCGCGCCGCGCUCCGGUCGCUCCCGCUGCACGUCGACGCCGCGCGCCUGGGCGCGUACGUCGUCUUCCGCGACUACGUGUGCUGCGGCGCGCGGCCCCGCCACAAGGAGGUCCGCGGCGGCGACGAGGGCUUCGCGCCGUCGGCGACGGCCUUCGUGACGUUCCGCCGGCCGACGGCAAAGGUGCUGGCGAAGACGGCGCUGCUGUCGCCGCGGCCCUUCGCGAUGCGCGCCGAGGAGGCGCCGGAGCCCCGCGACGUCAUCUGGGAGAACGUCUACCAGCACAUCGACUCCGUGAAGCGGCGCCAGUGGAUGGUCAACGGCCUCGUGGUGACGCUCAUGCUCUUCUGGACGACGAUCACGGGCUUCUGCGCGAACGCGACGAAGCUCGUGGACUUGUUGGGCUACAACCCGCGGUCGGCCCUCGCGCGGGGCGUCGCGUCGAUCCUGCCCGUCGUCUUCCUGUUGUCGAUCCUCAACCUGCUGCCGCUCAUCUUCCAGGUCAUCGGCCGGUUCUACGAGCGGCUCAAGUCGCACUCGGAGGUCGACCUGAGCGUCGUCGACCGCUUCUUCCGCUUCCAGUUCAUCAACGUCUACGCGGCCAUCGUGUCGUCGGCGAUCCUGAGCGACGUCAACGCGGCCUGGAAGUCGCCGCUGACCUUCGUGACGCGGCUGGGCUUCGACACGCCCGAGGCCGCGUUCUACUUCGCGAAGCUCAUCGUCUUCCAGUGCGGCUCGUCGCCGCUCUGGCUGCUGCGCGCCUGGCCCCUGGUCUCGCGGGGCUUCAAGACCUGGACGGUGCAGCCGCCGGAGCUGCCGGGCAUGCUCUACGGCUGGGCGUUCCCCAAGGUCAUGAUGACGUUCACGAUCUUCUCGACGUUCUGGGUCUUCGCGCCGCUGCUGAGCGUCAUUUCGCUGGUUUACUUUGCGCUCGUGGGCUUCGCCUUCCGCUACCUCAUCCUCUUCGUCCACAUGCCCGUCUACGAGAGCGGCGGGCGCUUCUACUACGAGAUGGUCGACCGCGUGCUCUUCGCGCUCACGGUGUCGAACGGCAUCCUCUUCUGCUGGUUGUUGGCGCGGAGCUUGGUGGGCUACGCGCUCCUCGUGCUGCCCCUGCCCUUCGUCGUCAAGGGCUUCGGGAGCUUCGCGGAGGAGGCCUACGGCAAGCCGUCGCGCGCCGUGAGCCUCGACGUCGCGGUCAAGGCCGAGGCGGAGCGCGCGGUGCCGUCGCACCGCUUCGACGCGACGUUGUACCGCCAGCCGGCGCUGCGCAACGUCCAGGGCGCGACGCUCGACGCCGACCGCGAGCUCAGCGCGCUCCUCCUCGGCCAGACGCCGCGGCCCUCGAAGCGGCGCGAGGACCCGCAUCCGCUCGCGGCCAUCGCGGAGGUCGAGGACGCGGCGCGCCGGGCGGCGCGCGUCGACGCGCGCCACUUGCUGGACACGCUGCGCCCGGACGUCGCGCGGCCCCACGAGGCCACGCGGGCCGACCGGCGCCGCGUGUCCGACCGCCUCGACGCGGCCUACCGGGGCCAGGCCGAGUUCUUCAACGAGCUGCCGCGCUACGUACGCGCGCCCCCGCCGCCGCGGCACACCCCGCCGGGCGACCGGCGGGCGACGAUCGCGACGACGCCCGCGACCGCGCCGCGGACGCUGCGGCGCGCCGCGUCGAGCCCCGGCGACGACGAGCCCCCGGGCCCCGCGGCGCUGGACGGCGCGCGCCGGGAGACGCUGUAACGUUACUGGCGG